AUAUAAUGUAAGGGACCCAAAACUACUCCUUGACGAAGAAGGAUGAAAUGGAGGUGUAUAGGUUGUGUUACGAGUUUCUGAAAUCAAAUAUGUAACGAUGUUUGGAUAGUGAGAUACUUUUUUUUUUUUGUUACUUCCUAUUACAUUUUAAUAAUCGAGAAAAUGACGGAGGAUCAAAUUGCGUCCAUUGACAUUUUAUACGACGCAGUCAAGUCUAUUCAUAAUUGUCUACAAUGCAGAAUUUGUUUGGAUAUGAUUUCUUCACCUGUAAAGACAAGAUGUGGACAUUCUUUUUGUCGCACAUGUAUAGGAACUGUAUUAAAUCAGAAAAAUACUAAAUGUCCUCUAUGUAACACGGGUCUUCAAAGACGAAGUAUUUCAAAGGACAAGCAUACAGAAAAGUGUAUUAAUUGUUUCGAAAAACUUGUACAUGCUAUACAUGAAGAUGUAAAUAUAGACAUACUCUCUUAUAAAAAAAAUCCGCGUAACACGAGGGAAGGUUACGCCACGCCAAGUUCUAAAUGUUACAAUGCAUCGAGCUCAACGAAAACGAUUGAAGGAAGAAAAAAUAAUGAAAAGAUUUCGUCGUUCUUUAAGAAAAAGAAUAUUGUUCAUAAAAAAGAAGAAGAAGAAGAAGAAGAAGAAGAAGAAGAAGAAGGAUGUACCUCGCGUCAAGAUAUCUCAAAUAAAAUAAAUGAAACGUGUAAAAAAUAUAAUAAGAAUAAUACAAAUAAGAAAAAUGAUUACGCAGAUGAAAGAAAAGAAAGUAGAAGUUCAUCGACCGAUGGAUUAUCCGGAGUUUAUCCACUUCUCUCUUCGCCCCAACGAAAUCUAAGUUCUAAAGAUGAGACAAGUUUUAUGAAAGAGAAGAGAAUAAAAAAUUGGUUGAAAAAUUUACCCAACGCUGAACAAUUUGAAAAGCCAACGUUAAGUCCUAACAAUAUGAGAAACAAUUGUUUAGAUGACACUGCUACCGUAGUAUCUGGUAUAUCCUUGAUGUCGUCCAGUAGUAAUAUCAAAGUGGAAAAAUUGUCUUACGAAUCGGAACAUUCGAUGACGAAGAAACAUGAAGAUAAUGUAAAACGAGAAUCAUUCAAUUCGAUGAAAUCUCGAGUCACGAAUAAUGCAAGGGGUAAAGGAUACAAAAGGAAAGCAACAACACGGUCAUCGUUUCCCGAGCAAAAAAUCAAGGACGAUUCUACGGGAAUUAAAUUGAAAUACGAAAUGAUUCACGCGAGAAUAAAGGAACGUUCGAAUGUAGAAAAAUCAAUGAAAAAAAAUUCCCAUGGAGAAAAUUCUUUAACCGAUUUUAAUAUCGAUUCAAUAGAUUCGAAUAAACAAUUAGGAUCUGUUAAUACGACUAAGGAAACUUGGAAUAGGGUCGUUAAAUUUGGCAAAGAAAUGCGUACGAAAAAGAAGAAAUUAAAAUCAUUGGACGUCAGUGUACAAAGUACGAGCGGUUUCGUGACUAGAACGUCCGAUGAAUUCCUUGGGAAAAAAAUGACGAGGAAGGAACAACGACGUAAAUCGUCCAGGGGAAUUUUAGGAUUUGUAACGUCGUCACGUGAUAAAAAUGACGAAUCAAUAAAUUUAAUUGAACGUCGAGAUGACGAUAAUCGAAUAUUUCCCUCGUGUUCGAACUUACACGAUAUAUCUUUUUCGAACGAUCAAAUGGAAGAGAAAGACGAACAAAAAGUAUCACAAAAUACGUCGUUUAUCUCGUUGGAAAAGGAAGGAAGAGUUCCGAUAAUGAGUUUGCGUCGUGAACAAAUGAAUGACAUCAUCGGUGUUACAACGAGUGACUCCGAUAAAAUUACGUACGUUCAUGAAAUUGAUCAGUAUCAAUCGUAUCAAAAGGAUCAAGAGGAUCAAGAAACGAUUUCGAAAAAGAAAUUGUCAUUGAAGAAACGUGACGAUUCUAAGAAUUCAACGAUCGUAAAUUUUUCUAACGUCGAACAAUCGCCACGUAAAGUUACACCUGUCAAGAUUAAUCUCGAGGAACGUUAUGAUAUAUUAUGUAAGAGUCAAAUUUUAUUAUCCCCAAGGAACGUACGUACACCGAUCAAAGUCAAUGAAAAUCCAAGAUUGAACGAAUCUAUGUCGAAGCUGUCAUUGAAGAAAAAUCAAAUGUGCGCCAAUAAAUCUAACGAUAUUGCAAUAUCACCUGGAAUAUCAAAAUUCUCAAAUGUCAAGUGUAAUUUGAUGGAACAAAUGAACCGUAAUAAUAAAUUAUCCAAAGAUACGUUUAAACGUGUUACCGUUAACGAUAUCAUUGACAACGUUAAUCCAAGAUAUGAUAACGAUGAACGAAGAAGAAACAUUACGGAAGAGAACAAUGAUCCUAAUGAAUUAAUCACGAAUUCUCUCGUGACGAACGAUAAGAAAACACGUAUCGUACCGUUCAAUAAAUUGGGCAAGGUAUUUAAAAAUAGAAGAAAGGUGAAAUUUUAUAAGCUCGGACCUAUUAGAAAAGAAUCUAUUAUUAAUACGUUAUCAGGUUCAUUCUUAAAUAAUUCGAAUAUUAACUUGAUAACUUUACAAGGAUCGGAGGAUUCAUUGGUAAUUGAUAAGACGUUGGAUGAAGCGUGCAAUUUAGAUAAUAGAGGAUCCUCGAUCAGUUUAAUCGUUGAGAAGGAUGUUAAAAAUUAUCCGAUAGAAUUGAUCGAAGAAAGAAAUAUAAAAUGUUCCUCGAAAAAUUCUACUCAAGAUUCUUUAGGUGUUCUUUUGGUUUCAUUGAAAGAACCAAUAUCUGAAGAUAAAACUGUCAAUGUAGUAGAUUGCAACGAACGAUACGUCAAAUUCAACGUUGACGAAUCUACGAAGAAAAAUAUACUAAAUAUAUCUAAGAGUGCGAAUGAAGUCCCUUUAAGGACCAUUGAUAAAAAUGGUAUCCGUUCGAAGCCUGUGAUAACGAGCAUCGUUAGAAUGAUGUCACCGGAAAAUGAUUCGCAAUUAAAGUUUCUCAAUUUGGAAUCAAUGACGGAUACAAUAUUACCCGUAAAAUUAAGGAUUUGUCGUGAAUCAACACCUUCGGAAUCUGGAACGAAAUCCGAAAGGAAGGAUGAUACUUCGAUAAAAAUUAAUAAAGAAAUGGAUAAAAGAAAAUUAAUUGUUCAUAAUGUUAAGAAAAUAAAAAGUGAAAGGUCGAGCAAUGAUAAUGAUUCGAAUUAUAGUGAAUCGAUUGAUAAUGUAACUCAAAUCGUAAGAUUUAACGAAAGUCUCAAUAAAAUUAGAAAAAAUCACGAGGAUGCAACGAUUAUAUCAUUAACUUCAGAAUCUAGUAAUAAUAUGGAUAAUAAAAAAUCCAAAAAUGAAUACAAGAGGAUAGCGUUGAUCAAUUCGAGUUCAGAUACUGAUAAUAGUCUUAGAAAAAGGAGAAGAAUAAAUGUAGAAGAUCAUAAUAAAGAUGUACUCAGUUUGGAGUCAGAUAAUAAUAUGGAUAAUAAAGAAGUAAUGAUGAGUAAUACAUUGAACGAAUCAAAAGGCAAUUACAAGAGAAUAGAAUUGAUGGCCAAUACGGGUUCAGACUCUGAUAAUAGUUUAGCAAGAAAGAGAAAGAUAAAUAUCGAAGGUAAUAUAGACGACAAGAAAGUUGAAAUCUCUAAAAAAAAACGUAUAACAUCAGAAGACUCGGAUGACGAUAAUUUCGUUAACAAAAUCGUAAAUGAUUGGUGUAAUGAUUUGAAUACGUCACAGAGAUCCAUCGGUAAAGAUAAUUUAGAAAAAUUAAAGAAUACCAAAGUAAUAUCGAAUAAACCAAUGACAAUGAUUCCUCAAAGUAUUGUUUUCGAUUCAUGGAAUAACUUUGGUACACCUGUUAAAACAAUUCCUGAAAAGGAAGAACCUGAAAAAUUGAACAAUGAUAUUAUAGAUAAAGUGAAAUCAAUUAGAAUGAAUGAAAAUGAGAUUACAACUAAGGAAGGUCGAUUGAUGGAAAAGAUUGAUGACCAUUCGAACGAGAUUGAGAUCAUAACGAAUAGUUUAACUAUGAAUUUCUUUACCGAUGAAAAUGUCAUUGACGAUACCAAGGAGUUAUUAAAUGAAGAUAAAAAAUAUUCUAUACCAUUAACGACAUCAUCUUGCAUAGAGACCAAUGAUUUCUUGGCCGAUUCAAAUGACAGUAAAAUGGAAGAAAAUUUGAAAGAGAAGGAGGAUGAUGAUGAUAAUAAUAAUAAUAAUAAUGAUGAUGAUGAUGAUGAUGAUGAUGAUGAUGAUGAUGAUACAUUGAUCGAAAAUUUCAAUAGUUCUAACAAGGAGAAUGAAACCGCUAGAUACAUUAUAAAUAAUAAAAGAGAUUAUUCGAUUAAAAAAGAUAUUAUAACGAGUAAAGAAAAAGCUGAGAAUAAAAGGGCAACAUUGAUAUCUGGAAAAGAUAAAUACGAGAAUGAUAAAGGCAAAGGUCAAAUUAUAGGAGAACAAAAGGAUACUACUUCGUGCGAUUACGAUUCUCUAUUGGACGUAACACAGCAUCAACUUUUACUCAAUGCUCUCGAAGAAGAUCUCUUUGGUACAGACAAUUUGCAGAGUUUAGGAAAGUCGAAGGAAAAUAUAAAAACGUUGUCCUCGGAAAACAGAUUAGAGAGCUCGUUGCAAACGCCAUUGAAAUCCAAGAAAAAUCACGAAAAGGAAAGAACAAAUCUUCGUAACAAGAAUGCCGAAGAUAUUUCUAGCGACGAUGAGAUAAUUGAAAAUACACCACAAUCUGAUAAAAAAUUUAUGGAGGUUGAUCGUAGCACGAACUUUAAGGCAAGAAAAUCUUUGACCAUGUCGCAAACAACAACACCAGGAUCGAGGAAAAACUUUCAAGUUGCGAAGGCGACAACAGCGACGAAAACAAUGAGCACAACGACGACAACACCAUCCUCUUCGGUGGCUGCUAAAGUUAAGAAGACUCCCAUAGAUCAAAACAAGAUCCGACCGCUUUAUCAAAGUACACCUAAAACAAUCCAAACGGCUCUUAAUCGUAAUUGCGAAACGAGCAAUUUCCUAAACGAGAAUAAAAAGUCACUUAAGUCAAAUUCAAAUUUCAAUGACAGUGGUACUAGUAGAACGAACGAGACGAGAAAUGUUAAAAAUCAACGAGACGAUAAAAAAGAAUUAUGUUUCGUUUGGAGUAGCCUGGCGAUUAAUCAAAUCGAAUCGAUCAAAAAAUUGGCAUACAUGAUUGGCGCUAAUUGGACGCAAAAUUUUAAUUCAACCGUAACUCACGUUAUUGUUGGUACGAACGAUACUAACAACGCAGCCACCAAAACAUUAAAAUUUUUACAAGGUAUAGCAUAUAAAAAAUUCGUCGUUGGUUAUAAAUGGGUAGCAGAUUGUUUGAAGGAAGGAACAUUGAUGAAUGAAGAACCAUACGAAGCUGUUGAUUGUUAUACACUUGAGGCGGGUCCUCGAAAAUCACGUUUAAGAGAAAGCGACUUGUUCGAUGGAUUUACUUUUCUUUGCAUUGAACCAUUUCAGAAUAUAACAGUAACUCAAUUCCAGGAUUUAUUGAAAGCAAUGGGUGCUACGAUUGUUCAAAGUAUUGAUGCACUUGCCAUUAUCAAAGAGAAGCAUAGAGUUAUAUUAAUAGAAAACGAAGUACAUACGGACGAAGUUGUUGCAAAUUGGUACGCUGAAACCACCGCCAUACCUGUUUUUUGUGACUGGGUUGUGGAAUGUAUUAGUCAAUACAAAUUAGUAUCUUGUUAUACGCAUCUUCAUGAAGUUGUACAAGAAGAUGUAUUGAAAUUAGGAUAUCCGGAACAAAUGAUAGAUCCGGAGGAAUUCAACAGUACGUGUGAUACAUCGAUUGGCCAUUAAAAAUCUAUUAAUGAAUAAUUGUUCAAUAUAAUGACUUUAACAAUAUAUAUAUAUUUAUAUAU